GCGGCAGCGACACCAUGGAUCUGUCCUUUAUGGCUGCGCAGCUGCCCAUGAUGGGAGGCGCCUUCAUGGACUCGCCCAACGAGGACUUCAGCACGGAGUACUCACUCUUUAACUCUUCCACCAACGUCCAUGCGGCCUCCAAUGGCCAGGGCCAGCCGGAGGAGCCUCCGCGGUCCUCCAACGACGCAGUCUUACUCUGGAUUGCCAUCAUAGCGACCCUGGGGAACAUUGUGGUGGUUGGGGUGGUGUACGCCUUCACCUUCUGAGGCCCGGGGUGUCCGCCAGCCCCAGGCCGGCCCACCCCGCGCCGGGCUCGCAGCAGGGCGGGGCUUUGCUCGGAGCACUGUCGCUGUUGGCCUUCGUCUGUGCCCACCUUCCGGAACCAGGAGUUCUGACCAGGCGCCGGUCUCUUCUGGGCCAAGCAGCCCUGGUUUCCCACGUUCUGUGCUGUGGUCCAUCCCAUCCAGAAAACAAGGGGGUGUGAGUUACCAGCCCCCGGAUGCCAGACUGCGCAGAGCCUUCCAGGGGCAGACUGGGGAAUUCUUGAAACUGCAUUCCAAGAACGUGAGACCAGAAGGAACAGGCAGUCAGGUCUGAAAUAUGAACAUGGCCGAUCGCUUGCUGGCAGUAAAUAAUCACACACGUGUCUUGUUUUUAUGCCAGCUUGUCACACCUGGUGUGCCAGGUGCCAAGCAGGAGCUGCCCGCAGAACUGGAAUGAUCCCAGCACGACCUUGGUUUCCCACUCAGCCCUUUGGAAUAUUGGCGGUGAUUAGCAGGGCCAUAGAAUGUUCCUCAUUUGACUUGGACAGGGCUCCUCCGUCACCAGUCAUUUGUCCCCUUUCGAGACCCAGAUGCAUCAGGAAACCCAAGGACGGCUAGAUUUCCAGGGGUGGGAGGAGGGGUUAUCUGCUGGACAGACUUUCUCUUCUUUUUUAAAAAGAGAAGAAGAGCUUUUAAGCUUUAGACCUGCCAGAGAAUCGAGUCUUCAGACCACCCGCCUGAAGAUGCUUUCCUCUCUGAGAAAUCAUGGAAUUUUAGAUGGCAGGCUCACGCCCACCUCAUCUUCUGACAGAUGGGAGGGAGAGGCGUGACUUCUGGGAUCACAGGGCAGAUUACUGGGGCGGUCAGAGCAGGAGGGACAUUUUCUGAGUCGGGUCAGGGCUCUCCAGGCCCCCACCAACCAGUCUCUUCUCUGCUGCCCUGGGUGAGGAUGCCCAGAUGGUCUGGAAGCUUUGUAAGGUAGGCGGGGUAUUCAGACACCUGCCUUUGACCCUUGGCGUGGCUCCCACAUUCUCUUGCAGGCGUGAAUGCGCUCUGUCUGGGUCAGUCUCCUUACGUUCCUCCAGAUCAGUAGCCAAGGGGGGCCUGGCAAGCAAGGGAGCCCCCACACAAAGACUGGAGCAGGACAGGAUGUGCUUUGGGGACAGGGCCGCAUGGGAAAGGGCUCACUCUCCUUCUGUCCUUAGAAGAGGCCCCUGCAUGGUACCCCCUUCCCCAGGCCUCACCCCUGUGCCGACCAGAGUGGGAGAGGCUCACCUUGGAGCUCCUUCACAUGCAGGCCAGGAGUGGCUUUCUCCCUGUGCCGUGCAAAAGAAAAUGAAUAGCACACACCCCCUCCUCUGUGGCUGAGAACCUGGAAAGACUGGGUGAGAAGCCGUGGUACCGUUUGGGGACAAGUACUCAAAGGCUGGACAUGUCCCUGUACUCUCAGGAGAAAUGAGCAUUCCUGAUAACGGGCAAAGGGACAUCUCGAUUGUCCACAGGCAGCCACUCGCUCGUCUGGGAGGCUGUCGCUGAGCUGCUGUGAUAACAGGAUUACCAGCCUGACCUCCAGAUGGUGCGGGCAGACGGCCGCCGGCUCUUCUUAGCCACAUCUGUCACCGCAGCCACAUAUGCGUCCAUAAAUGCUUCAGUUCAAGUGGGGAGGUCCGGAGCACGGAGAGCUGGCGUGGGCUUUGCAGAGAAGGGAUGUGGGGCCUUCUGCCUGGGCUCCUUCUGAGAUCACCGACAGGACUGUGCUCUCUGCAGGGCCGGCCGGGCUGGGUGGUUAGCGAUUGCAAGACCAUCACCCCAGCUGCUUCUCCAGCAGACCCCCUCCGUGUGUCAGGCCCCCACGUCCGCCCCCUGAACAAGGCCCUUUUUUGUGACAGGUGUCUUCAUGGAGGUCCAGAGCCAGAGGUUAAGGCAAUGCUAGGAGGUCACUCUAGCACGUCUCCAUGUCCCCAGAGGAGCCUGCAGCCCCGAAAAGAGGCUGGCAGCAUCUCUUUAUUCCCCAAAUGGCCUGGAGCCAUGGCAAGGAAGAGAAGGUUCUGUGCACCAUGAUGGGGAAGGAAGGGAGUGUGGUCCUAGCCCUUAAGGAAGACCAAACAGCCCUGGCAGGCCCGGUGCUCUCUGGAAAAUUCUGCGCACAGGGGUCUCCCCCAUGAAGGCUUUCUUUCCCCCUGGCAUAAAUGCCGGUUAAAUCCAAUUUUCAAGUAUUUCUCUCUAUUCAGCUACAGGGCCAUAGACCCGAGGCCGGGAGACUGAGGGACCAUCUUGUCCAAACUUUGCAUUCUGUGAAGUCUCCUAUGGUGUUUUUCUCUGUGGUUUUUUGUUUUUCCCACCGCCACUUAAAUAACGAUGAGGACAGAUGCGCAUGUGAAUGUCCAGCGAAGGGUAAAGGACAGAUUUCCAGCCAGAGAGUGAGCUGUCCUGUCCCGCAUGCUUUACUUAGCUAGGUUCCGUCUUCGAUGUGAGGUAGUGGGCAAGGGGCAUUGUCCGGGCACCGUGCUAGACUCACAUGCACGUCUUUAAUCUGUACAGUUACCUUCCGGCAUCAGUGCUCCGAUGCAGAGAUACCAGACGAGGAGCUCAGAGUUUGCCCCAGGCCACACAGCAUGAAGGUGCCAAGUUGGGGUUUGAGUCUGGACCAUCGGGCUCUAAAGCCAGUCUCUUCCUGCCAUACCACGCUGCCUUCAGUGGCUGCCUGACACCUCCAGGCACGUUUAAACCAGGCUCUGGGCCUGCAGGGGCUGUUCCCAAGGUCCCACGUCAUGGUGUGGCUUGGGCCGGCUCUGGCUUCUUCCACAGGUAGGAGUCUGACUGUCCUCAGAAUGGGGCACGCCCGUCACCUGCCCACUGCCCUCUCUGUCCAGGCUUCGGGGAUGGUGGUUGCCUGCUCCCCUCUUUAAAGUUGAGCACAAGCUUUUUUAUGAAGCCACAGAAAUUUCUAGAGAGCAACUUUCUUGGGACCACACAAAAGGACCCUGGCCAAUACCUGGAGUCCAACAAAGGGGCCCAGCCAAGGAGUGAGGCGCAGGCUGCCGGAAUCGCCGAGGAGAGGUGGGAUGGUCUGGGACAUCCCAGCCCAGCCUCGGGAGUUCUCUCCAGCCCCAGGGCUGUCCUGAGCAGGAGGGACAGAGGCCGCUCUCGCGGGGCCCAGCCUGGAGCUCCCGUUCUGGUUUCUCCUGGGUGAGCUUGGCCCCAGAGCCCACCUUGACUCGAUGAGCCAGCGCUGAGGAAGAAGGGGCUUGCCUCUUGUUCUUCAGGGAAGAGGUCCUGCAUUUGCCAGAAUGUUCUUCAUGCUUGGCCCGCCACAUGUCUCCCCAUGUCCCCUCUGCAAGCCAACGGUGUCCCACACCUGUGUCUGUUGGCAUGUGCGACACUUCACUGCCCAGAGCAACACCUGGUUUCGGAGGGGCUGAGCCACUGUCACGGGAGCUUGGAGGAGAAGCCAAAAGACACUUCGGGCAGGUGCAUCUCGAGGGGAUCUCACCUCCUGUGUGGGCCUGGGUAAGAUGAUCGCUCUGCUGUCCCUCCUGUCCCUGUGGGAUCAAGGUUAAGAGGAAAGUAAGACUCCCCUGACCUCCCUUAUCCCCCCAGAAAGAGACCAUUCUAUCUAUCUCCUUUGAGGGGUUUCCUGGGAUCCAAGGGAGAGGGUUAGGGGGGCCGGCCAGUACCACUUGGUUGGAGACUCAACAAGCCGUUUUCCAGCCUGUUCCCAAUGGAAAGCUUGGAUGCGGCCAGACCACUAGCAUAUGUGGGAAUCCCUCCCUGAGGACUGGAAAGACUCCACCUUCGUCUGCGCUGCUACCCAAUCCACACAGAUGUCAUUCUCCUUCCUCGUGAGCAUGACCUUCUUUCAUCAGUAUUAGUGAUGUUACUAAUAAUUAUCAUCCUUACUGUUGUCAUUUCUUGUGCCCCUGUUCCCUGUGCUGUGCUCUGUUUGCAUCCCAUUCACUUCUCGAAUCACCCCUCAGGGGGCAGAAGUGAGGUGCAGAGAAGCACACAUCAGUCAUUGUCCCAUUCUUCUGUUGAGAAAACUGAGGCCAGGCUAAUGUGCCUCAGAGAGAGCUCUAGAGAGCUGUGAUUCAGAUCCAACUCUGUUGGCCCGCCAGGCUAGGUAGUAACCCUGUGUCUUCCUGCGUGCAUGCACUCUAAGGGGAGCCCCCUGGAAGGGACCACCCCAGGGCGGGGGGCUCUGAGGCCGGGGCUGUUGGGGUCCCAGGUGUAGGUGCUGGAAAGGGGCAGAGCGGUGCGCACGUGUUUAUCAGUCUCAGAGUCUCACAGUGGUAAAGAGGCGUUAGAGAGCCUCCAAUCAGAAUCUAAUACUUGGGAGGGCAGCUGGGGCCAGAUACUGACUGGAGACCCGGCAAGUCUCCGGCUUCCUGGUUCAAGGCACAUCUCCCACUGCAUUUACCAGGGAGUGCAAGGGUGGCGCUGGAUGUGAGCUCCAGCCCCGGGGCAGGCAUCAUGCUCUCUGCCACCUGUUACCUGGCCUGCACACCAUCCCUUGCAUGCCUUUGACCAUCCCCAGAGCAAGUCCUAGGUGGGCCGGGCCACUGUGACGACGGGUCGGCCAAGGAGCUGUGCUUGUUGUGCCUGAUUCGCGAGUCCCCAGAGACCACCAAGGAGCCGACACCGAUGCAAGUACA